AUGAUAGGGGAGCGCUUCCCCGCCUGCAUCCGCGACGCCGUCUCGCAGGUGCUGAAGGGCUACGACUGGAGCCUGGUGCCCAUGCCCGUGCGCGGCAACGGGUCGCUCAAGGCGAAGCCACACGUCAAGCGGCCCAUGAACGCCUUCAUGGUGUGGGCGCAGGCCGCCCGCAGGAAGCUGGCCGACCAGUACCCGCACCUGCACAACGCCGAGCUCAGCAAGACGCUGGGCAAGCUCUGGCGUUUGUUAAGCGAAAAUGAGAAACGUCCCUUUGUGGAAGAAGCUGAGCGGCUCAGGGUCCAGCACAAAAAGGAUCACCCGGAUUAUAAAUACCAGCCCCGGAGGAGGAAAAGCGUGAAAGCUGGGCAGAGCGACUCUGACUCCGGGGCCGAGCUCAGCCAUCACGCCGGCACCCAGAUCUACAAGGCUGACAGCGGGCUGGGGGGCAUGGCUGAUGGUCACCAUCAUGGCGAGCAUGCAGGCCAGCCCCAUGGGCCACCCACGCCACCCACAACCCCCAAAACUGACCUGCACCACGGCAGCAAACAGGAGCUGAAGCACGAGGGCCGCCGCCUCGUGGAGAGCGGCCGCCAGAACAUCGACUUCAGCAACGUGGACAUCUCAGAGCUGAGCAGCGAGGUCAUCAACAACAUGGAGACCUUCGAUGUGCACGAGUUUGACCAGUACCUGCCGCUCAAUGGCCAUACCGCCAUGCCGGCCGACCACGGCCCCAGUGCUGGCUCCUACAGCACGUCCUACUCCCACUCGGCAGCAGGCGCCGGCGGGGCUGGCCAGGUGUGGACUCACAAGAGCCCGGCUUCGGCAUCGCCGUCGUCGGCUGAUUCGGGCCAGCAAAGGCCGCACAUCAAAACGGAGCAGCUGAGCCCCAGUCACUACAGUGACCAGUCCCACGGCUCCCCUGCACAUUCCGACUACGGUUCCUACAGCACCCAGGCCUGUGCCACCACCGCCUCCACCGCCACAGCUGCCGCCUCCUUCUCCAGCUCCCAGUGCGACUACACGGACCUGCAGAGCUCCAACUACUACAACCCCUAUCCCGGUUACCCCUCCAGCAUCUAUCAGUACCCCUACUUCCACUCCUCACGGCGUCCCUACGCGACGCCCAUCCUCAACGGCUUGUCCAUCCCGCCAGCCCACAGCCCUACCGCUAACUGGGACCAGCCGGUCUACACAACCCUGACAAGGCCUUAAAAAGGAUGCGUGGAGCCCCCCCAGGGCUUCCCCGACGUAUGCACUAAUGAAGGAACGAAGAGGAAGAACGUGGAGUGCCGCGAUUGUUUCCCAAGUGCCUCCUGAGCCGCUGGGAACUCUGCUCGUUGCGACUGGGUGUCCCCUUGCUUUGAAACUCUCCAAAAGGACAGAGCUCUAUUUUUCUUUAAUUAAUAAAAUUAAAAAAAAAA